AUGUCUUACGUUGCAUUGCUCUGCCUAGCUGCACUGGGCGCUGUGCACGCUGCCCCAGCCAGCAACCCAGGUCUUCGUGGCUCGCCAGCGCUGCAAGGCUACAACCCGACGAACAUUCUGACUACCGAAAACACGGACGACAUUGACUACAAGCUAGCACCGGGCCAGAAAGACGACGCCAACAUUGGGCAAAGUCUCGACUUUUCCAACAUCGAACACCCACAGCCCAUCCGCGGCACCAAGGGCGGAACUGACCCGGGACCUCGCAACGAGGUGCUCGACCGGCUGUUCAGCAACAAGCUUGCGCCGCCUGGGACGGACCACGGCCAAACCAUCAAUGCGCAAUGGAGCAUGGGGCAGAGCCAUGCGAAGCUCGGCAAAGACGGCGCGGGCUGGUCACGGCAGGAGAACACAGUCGUGAUGCCGGACGCCACGGCCAUGGCGGGCGUCGACAUGCGGCUCGAGCCCGGCGGCUACCGCGAGCUCCACUGGCACGUGGCCGGGGAAUGGGCGCUCAUGCUCAACGGCACCGUGCGCAUCCAGGCGGUGCAAGAAGAUGGCAAGACUUUCGUCGACGAUGUGAGCAAGGGCGAUGUUUGGUUCUUCCCUCCUGGCAUUCCGCAUUCGAUUCAGGCUCUUGGUGGCGGUGCGGAGUUCAUGCUCGUCUUUGAUGAUGGCAGCUUCUCUGAAGAUAAUACUUUCCUUGCCACUGAAAUGUUCGCCCAUAACCCGAAAGAAGUUCUCGCAAAAGACCUAGGCGUGGAUAUUUCCGCAUUCGACGACAUCCCAGAAGGCGAGCUCUUCAUCUUCCCUGGCACAGCCGCACCCAAAGACAUCGAAAAGCAAAACGUAACCGGGACCGCGGGGGCGCUCAGUGGCGCAACGGCGUACAGCUACCACUGGUCCGAGCAAGAACCGCACCUAGUGGCCGGGGGCAGCGUCAAGAUCGUCGAUCCGGUGACGUUCCCCGUGGCGCCCAACUUCUCCGCCGCCCUCGUCACCAUCAAGCCCGGCGCAAUGCGCGAGAUCCACUGGCACCCGUCCAGCGACGAGUGGUCAUUUUUCCUGGCGGGCAAGGCGCGCGCGACGCUGCUCACGCCGCCGAAGACGGCUACCACGUUCGACUACGCCGCUGGAGACGUCGGCUAUUUCCCCAAGUCCAACUCGCACUACAUUGAGAAUGUGGGCGACGAGGACGUCGUCCUGCUCGAGGUGCUCCAGGCUGACCACUUCUCUGACAUGUCACUAGGGCAGUGGCUGGGCCUCACGCCCUCGCAGGUCGUCAUCGACACGCUGAAACUGAGCAACGAGACCGUCGCCAAGUUCCCCAAGGAGAAGCCCGUCGUCGUAGCCGGCUAA